AUGGCGGGGAAAUCAGAGCAGAAGUCACGAAAAGAGAGGCGGAAAGAAGCGAGAUCAGAGAAGCACAAGCUGCGGUUUCUCUCUUGGGUUGAGCAUCAGGGUGGCAAAAAGAAGAAGCCGGCAAUACCAGUAGUAGAGCCAAGUCCGGUUGAGGAGAAGAAGCCAAAGAAAGAGCCUGAUGGCAUGAAGAAGAAGAAGAAGAAGAGAAAGAGGGAAGCAGAGGGUAAGCCGAAGCCCAAGUCCAACUUCCAGGAAUAUCUUGAGAUGGAGAUGGGUGGAGCUGUGAGCAUGGAGGAGGAUCUAGAGAUGGAGAGGAAGCUUGCGAAAAAGCUCAAGGUGAAGAAAGGAAAGUUGGGAGGUCCGGAUGAUGGUAUGGAUGAACUUUUUGUAGACCUUGGGUUUGGUGGCGACUUUGGUUCAGAUGAUGAAACAAAAGCAUAUGAUUGGAAUGUGGCGGAUGACACUAAUUUAGACAAGAAAAAAGGUAAAAAGAAAAAUAAGAAGGCGAAGAAGGAUGACAUAGAGAUGGAGGAACCAGAUGACAUGGGUGAAGAGAAUGGUCGGAAAAAGAAGAAGAAGAUGAUGAAGAAGGCUGGUAUGGAAAUGAAGGAACUGGAUGAUGUGGGUGAAGAGAACGGUCGGAAAAGGAAAAAGAAGAUGGAGGAUGACUCAGAGAUGAACGAACCAGAUGACGAAGGUGUUGACAUGGAUGAAGAGAAUGGUGGAGCAGUUCUGGAAUCUGAGGAUGGAGAGCCUAAUGUGGUUGAACUGCCCACAGAAUCAAAAGGGAAGUAUGUACCUCCGAGUUUGCGUAAUGCUUCCAAUUCAGAAUCAGAAGAAAUUGCCCAGAUGUGUCGCAGAGUAAGAGGACUUCUGAACAGACUUUCAGAGUCAAACGUGGAGUCCAUUACUCAGGAAAUUGCCACGCUUUUUCGAUCUGUUCCACGAAGUGUUGGCUCUCAGAUAAUUAGGGAUGAGGUUUUGGCUAGUUGUUCCCGAGGACCUCGCGGCAAUGAACAAUAUGCUGCUGUGUUUGCAGCCUUUGUUGCAGGCUUGGUUGGUAUUGACUUCAGUGCCAAGAUCCUUGCCUCUAUUGCUAAGUCGUUUGAGGAUGAGUACUCAAAAGAAGAUGGUCUAUCUCUGAGAAAUCUUACGUUACUUUUCUGCUAUUUGUGUAUAUUUGGUGUCAUCUCAAGAGUACCAUACCCUCUUUUUCUGUCUCUGAGUGAAGCUGGGAAUUUGCUUUCAUCUAAAUGGGCAGGCUGUGGAAUGAAGCUGAGGGAAGAUGAUCCAGGUGCUAUGAAAGAUUUUGUCCUUAGUAUUCAGAACUCUCUUAAGGCAGAAGAUGUCCUCUUGCGUGGGCUAACAUGGAGUAGGCUUUUGGACCCUGAUAAGAAAGGGCAAUGGUGGUUGUCUGGGAAUGUUCCAUCCACAGUAGCUAAUGUCGAAGAUGUUGCAGCUGUUAUAAGCAAGGAUGUUGUAGAGACACAAAAACUUCUUCAGCUUGCAGCUGCUCAGUGGAUGAACACUGACAUACGAAGAGCAAUCUUUUGUAUUAUAAUGAGUGCUGAAGACUAUGACCGAGGAAUUAUAAGGGUCAUUGUUGACUGUUGUCUGCAUGAGAAGAUGUUCAAUAAGUAUUACACAGUCCUUGCUUCCAAGCUAUGCAACCAUGAGAAAAAUCACAAGUUCAGCUUGCAGUACUGCAUCUGGGACCAUUUUAAGGAGCUAGAUAAUAUGGAGUCAAGUCGAUCCAUGGACCUUGCAAAACUAGUUGCAGAGAUGCUGUCAAACUUCACGCUCUCCCUCGCAACUCUGAAGGUGGUUAACCUGGCCAACCCAGUGGAGAUGACUCCAGCAAGGAUCUCACAUUUCCAGAUGCUGUUUGAGACCUUACUACAGAAAGAUGACGCACGGCAUGUGAUCGCCGACGACACCGGGAAGGACUUGGCUGGCAAAUUCAAGAUUGCAAAGAAGGCGCUCGACAAUACUGCUGGAGUUCUGAUGUAA